GAGAGAGAGAAAAAAAUAACAUCCAUCGGCCGCUAAACUAUGAACGAGGAGAUGACAAAAAGCGAGGAGCAGCAUCUGAGUUUGCAGAAAGCCUUGCAGCAGUGCGAGUUGGUGCAAAACAUGAUAGACAUAAGCAUUUCCAGUUUGGAGGGUUUACGGACCAAAUGUGCCACAUCCAACGACUUGACACAAAAAGAGAUCCGAACGCUGGAGGGGAAGUUGGUGAAGUAUUUCAGCCGCCAGCUGUCCUGCAAGUGCAAAGUGGCCUUAGAAGAGCGCAGUGCAGAGCUGGAAGACUUCCCUCGCCUCGACCACUGGUUCCGCAUUGUCAACUUAAGGAAGGAGGUCGCAGAGGAGAUGAAUGCAGGUGAGGUUAAUUUAGAAGGCCUUCUGGAGAUGAGUGAGGAGCAGGUGUGUGAGCUGUUGCAGAAGUUUGGUGCCAACGAAGAAGAAUGUGCCCGACUUAACGCUUCCCUCUCCUGCCUCAGAAAGGCUCACCAACUUGAACAACUUGAGGAGGAUAAAUUGCACAGUAACGGAGGGAGCCAGGCAAAACAGGACUGGUCCAUCCAGUGGCCCACCUCUGAAUCUGGAAAGGAAAACACUCCAGUGUGCCAGCCAGAGGCCAGUCAGUGGAUUCGUUUCCAGCUCUCCCAAAGCCCCAAAGUUCAGUCCAAGUACAACCAGCACAUGUGCCACAGUCCACAAGCUCUGGCGCCCUCUUUCUACACAGAUCGACUUACUGUUGAAAACCCCGCCACAGGACUCUUCCCUUCUUUGGACUCUGGUCACCGUUCCCUGCCACCAUCACCUCGCCAAAGGCAUUUUGGUCACACACCUCCUCGGACUCCUUUGGUGGUCAACACCAUGACUCCACCAGGUACUCCCCCCAUGAGACGAAGGAACAAAGUGAAGGCCCCUGGAACGCCACCACCGCCAAGCCGCAAGCUCAUCUAUCUGCUGCCUGGUUUCACGGCGUUGCAUCGGAGCAAAUCCCAUGAGUUCCAGCUGGGGAACCGCUUGGAUGAGACUCAAACACCAAAAGCCAAGAAGAAGACAAAGCCCUUGAACCUUAAGAUUCACAGCAGUGUUGGAAGCUGUGAGAAUCUGCCCACGCAGCGGUCACCGCUCCACACUGAACGAUCUUUGCGAUCCUUCUUCUUUCCGUCUUUCAUCCCUUCCACACCUCCCGUUCAUGCUGAAACACCCUCUGCAAACACUCUUUCAGUGCCUCGCUGGUCCCCACAGAUUCCCCGAAGAGAUUUUGGAAACUCCAUAAAGCACCGGUUUUCCACCAAGUACUGGAUGUCCCAGACAUGCAUAGUAUGUGGAAAGGGAAUGUUGUUUGGACUAAAAUGUAAAAACUGCAAGCUGAAGUGCCACAACAAAUGCACCAAAGAAGCCCCACCUUGCCAUUUAUUGAUUAUACAGCGAGGCGGACGAGAAUCCCUCAAAGACCAACAGGGAAUCAUUCAAGUAGCUCGUCUGGUACGGACUGAAUCAGUGCCAUGUGACAUCAACAAUCCACUCAGGUACACAGACCUGCACAUCAGUCAGACGCUCCCCAAAACCAACAAAAUCAACAAGGAUCACAUCCCAGUCCCCUACCAACCGGACUCCAGCAGUAAUCCAUCAUCCACCACUUCCUCCACUCCAUCCUCCCCGGCUCCUCCGUUGCCCAGCAGUGCCACUCCGCCAUCACCACUGCAUCCUUCUCCACAGUCGGCACGGCAACAAAAACAGUUCAACUUGACAGCAUCCAGUUACUUCAAAUACAAGCAGCAAUUCAUCUUCCCUGAUGUUACACCAGAGGCACCUCCCAGUAGAGCACCGCAAGUCAUUCUGCAUCCGGUCCUCUCUGAACAGGGGAAUGAGGGCAACCCCUUACUUCAAAUCGAAGUGGAACCGACAUCAGAUAAUGAAGAUGCGAACGAUGAGGACUCCGGCGAUGAGUUUGAGGAGAUGAAUUUGUCCCUUCUGUCUGCUCGCAACUUCCCACGCAAAGCCAGCCAGACGAGCAUCUUCCUACAGGAGUGGGACAUCCCCUUUGAGCAGCUGGAGAUUGGAGAGAUGAUCGGCAAAGGGCGCUUCGGCAAGGUGUUCCACGGACGGUGGCACGGAGAGGUUGCCAUCCGAUUGAUCGACAUCGAGCGGGACAACGAGGACCAACUGAAGGCUUUCAAACGGGAGGUGAUGGCGUACCGCAACACUCGCCAUGAGAAUGUGGUGCUGUUCAUGGGGGUGUGCAUGAGUCCACCGCAUCUGGCCAUCAUCACCAGCUUGUGUAAAGGCAGGACACUUUACUCUGUGGUGCGGGAUGGCAAGGUUGUCCUGGACGUUAACAAGACGCGACAGAUUGCACAAGAGAUGGUCAAGGGAAUGGGCUACCUCCACGCUAAGGGGAUUUUACACAAAGACAUGAAGUCCAAGAAUGUGUUUUAUGAUAACGGCAAAGUCGUCAUUACUGACUUUGGACUUUUUACCAUAUCUGGAGUUCUGCAGGCUGGCAGCCGGAGAGAAGACAAACUGAGAAUCCCCAAUGGCUGGCUGUGUCACCUGGCCCCAGAAAUUAUUCAGCAGCUUUCUCCAGACACAGAGGAGGACAAGCUUCCUUUCUCCAAACAGUCAGACGUCUUUGCUUUCGGCACCAUCUGGUAUGAGUUACAUGCACGUGAGUGGCCUUACAAGAGUCAGCCGGCGGAGGUGAUCAUAUGGCAGAUUGGAAGUGGCAUGAAGCCUAACCUCGCCCAAACUGGGAUGGGGAAGGAGAUACUGGAUAUUUUGCUAAUGUGUUGGGCGUACAAGCCAGAAGAGCGGCCCAGUUUCUCCAAGCUGGUAGAUUUACUGGAAAAGUUGCCAAAAAGGAACCGCCGCCUUUCCCAUCCAGGGCACUUCUGGAAGUCAGCUGAGCUGUAACGGAGACAUCGAAGGGACUAUGUUCGUCUUCUGCUCUGCUCACAUCUGUUUCACCGCCCACCUGCCUGCCCUGCCACCUGUGCUCUCUUUGCUCCACCUUGCUUCCUCAACCCCAUCUAUUCCUGCCUGUUCUUCCUGCCACAGCGCAGACACGUACAUACAACUGUACAUGUGCCCUCAUGCCUGAAUGGACCCUUUAGCGGUCAGUACUGGCCCACUUUGCUGGGGUGGGUCAUAAAACAAAACCGCAGACUUUCAAACAGAGAGGCCUUUCUCCACUCUAUGCCUGAAGAUGAUUGUGAAGCUUAGAUCCCAAGAGACACAUUCUCAGCAGCUCACCCGCUAAACUGUUAUUGAUAAGAUCUAAUUUAGCAAGUAAUGUAUUUUCUGUUGUUUGAAUAUAUUACAUUAUCACAACAUUUAUGGUAAUAACUCCUGUGGUUUAUUAUCAUUUCUAACACAUCAUACAGUGAUGAAAAAAUAAUAAACAUAGCUUUCAGUCUUUCUCAGCUCUGAAAGAACCCUUCCAUCUCUUUUGGUACCUAUGAAUUAAUAAAUUUAGAAUUUAUGGUUUUGAUUCUGAGGCAUAGAUAGUCAUAUUCUAAUUUCACCUUCAAACAGCCUAUGAAGUCUCCACAAAAAUGAGUUUUUCAAACCUUUAAAAUUUUUCUUUUUCUGUUUUUUAAAAAUGCUUGUCACAUACAAGACCAGCUCCUCCUGGGGAAUCCCAGGCUGUUUCCCGGCCAGCUGAGAAACAAAACAUAGUUCCUCGCUCCUCAUUUUUUUUUAUACAUUCCAAUGACACUAUCUGAGUUUAACUGAUUCUAUUACAUGGUCUAGUGUGUAUUUAGGCAUGAUUUAAGUCCACUAAAGUUCAGGGUUCACAGACGACUCCAAGACAAAGCUCACAGCCUUUUUGGAAAAUGGAAAAAAGUUAAACAACCUAUAAAAAUAUAGAUUUCUAACUAGAUAAGCAAGACAAACGCUCACCCUUGUUUGCACAAGUUCUUUAAUCUAAAUGAACAGCUUUUGUUGACAGCCUCAGGUACCAGAUCAGGUUUGAGGAUGAUAUUUCUGACACAUUGAAGCCUGUUUUCUCCCUAUUAUGGCCACAUUUUUAUUAUUUCUAUGUGUCUGACGUCAUUAGAAAGAUAAUGAUGUCAAAAUCUGUAAUUAACUCAAAAUGCCCCCAGGGAGACUUGUUCCUCGUUUUGUUGUUGCCAAUCAAAAAUCUAUUUUUAACAUACUCAUCUUUGCCUGAACUUAACAAAGAUGUUAGUGUAUGUUCAUUUAAUUUGUUCCUUAAUAAAAAAAAAUUUUAAAAUGGAAAAAAUUGCUGGGAGAAGACCUUUAACAAGGUGUGCCAUGUAAAAUUUCUUCCAGUGUGCUGUAUCUGUAUGUGUACAGUACAUCUAUAGAACAAACAGCUUGGUAAUCAAGUGGCAUUUGUCAGCUAACAUUAUGACCCCAAUCAGUUAGCCAUAACUAAAGUACAGGGAGAUACAGAUUCAAAACAAUUAAAAGCUUUCAUUGAGCAAAAAUCAACACAACAAUAAUCAUCUGUAAAAAUCACAGCACAUUUCAACUAUUCUGCAUUGACAUCUGUAUUGUACACAUGCACUGAGGGAUUCAAUUAAAGUGCUCAACUCAGCUAGUUUGCCAAUUUCAAACUAUGUAUAAUUAUUUCCAAUGUUUAAAUUAGUUGAGCAUUAGAAAUUAAGUCUUUACUACCUCAGAUAUGACACUCUGUGUGCUUUUGCUGAAAAUAUUACUAAAUUGAUUAUCUUAUGGUUCCAGUCCUAGUGCCAGGAAAAGAUUGUGGUUUUCACAAAGAAAAUGGGUUUCAAAACCUCUUAUGAUUCAUGCCCAUAUUUCUUCUAAAAACAACAGAUUAUUUGAAACAGUCACAUAAUAAUUCUCCAGCUGGUAGAGCACAAAGUAAUUCAUCAAUUAGAGAAACAGAAUAAAACACCAUAAAAAAUAUUUUCUUGACGGUGAAACUUAUUUACAAAAAGAAAUAAGCACUAGAUGUUAGCCAAAUAAUGCUAACCAAAAAUAUUAAUGCUGUAAUUUGGAAUGUGAGCAUGUCAGACAUUUUCUCUAAGUGGCCACUAAUCAGCUGCAUUUGUGCUGUUGAGAGUUAAGUGCCUUGCUUAGGGCCAUUUCAGCAACUAAGUUUAUAAAAACAAAACAUUUUAUUUUACACACUGACACCAAGAUUUUCACUAGUUAUGACUAAAUACAUGCACAUUAGUACAUUUUAGCUGCAGAAUGUUUCAAACGUCCUACACUUACCAUAGAUUGUAGUUUUACCAGAGCAUUUGUCAACCAUACUUUCUUGAAUCUUAGAAAGAAAUUCUAAACUGAAAGAAAAUAUAUUUGUUUGAUUACAAGUCAAGCUCAGGAGUUAUUCUUCUGAAAAUAUAUGAAAGAUACUGAGAGCCAAAGGAGGGUAUUUAUACUUUCCAAUGACACUAUCUGAGUUUAACUGAUUCUAUUACAUGGUCUGCUAACUUAGAAAUCGGCACACGCGUUUGUCUGAAGAAGCAAAUUAAUCUCUUCCAUGUGACUGAGAAAGAAUGGAAUAAAUUUCAAAAAUCCAAUAGCAACCACAAGAAUGUUAAAUACCUCUAUUGAUAUUUUGCAUCCGGUAGAAUGAAUGUGUUGUCUUUUCUGUGAAGAAUUUGCUUCUGAAACAUUGAAUCACCGAGGGAUCUGAGAAUUUUUUUAUUUUAUUUUCUAAUAAACGUGCACAGCAUUUGCACAGGCACAACCACAAAAAAUACAGCUAGAAAAUAGAUAUUUAUGUUUGUUGAAAACAGUAAGCUAACUGGAUAUUCAAACUCUUCCCCCACACGUGUAGGUGUGUAAUAACCUCAAGGCUAUGCAAUAAACAACAAAGAGAACAUACAGUUCAGUGUUUUACUAAAGUGUUUAUUUAUUUAUUUAUUUUUUUUUAGAUGUCCAGGUUCUCUUUUGUUUUGAAAACUACUCUCACAUUGAAUUUUCAGCUAAUUUCUUUUUAAUGAGUAUGGUUUUUCAAUAAAGAUGGAUCUUUCAGUGGCUUCCUUGUGCAUUCUACAGUGAGAAUACAUUUCCAAUACAUUUCCAAUACAUUUCCAAGCUCAGCUUUUGUUCAUUUCAUAAGAAUUUUCUGAAGUACACUAAUGCAAAAAUAGUGUAUAGUAAUAAAGCAGAAGAAAAAAGUCUAAUGUUUUUUGUAACAAACAAAAAUAUGAAGACUUUGGUAUUUAUUUUGCUGCACUGACAAGUUAAAGUGCUUUGGAAUACGCCCCUAUGAGCUUUGCACAUCCACAUAAUUAUUUUUCUAAUUUCUUUAAAAAAUAGCUCAAGCACAGUCAGGUUUGAUGAAUGGUGUUUGUAAACAACAAUUUAAAUUCUCAACUGAGUUUCACAAAAUUUUAAUUCAACACUUACAAACUUUGACCAGUCAAUUCUAACACAUUAAUUGCUUUUGAUCAUAGUUAUUCUAUGUAGUACUGGCAUUAUGUUUAAGAAAAUGGUCCUGCAUCAAGCUAGCUUCCCUGUCCCUGCUGAGUAAAGCUGUCCCACAUUAUGACACAGCCACCUCCAUGUUCCACUGUAGUGAUGAUACCACCCAAAUUUAACAUUUUGACUUUUAACUAAAAUGGUACGUGUGACAAAAAUGACCUAUUCACAUAUUCCUUAACAAAAAAGGAAUAUGUCAAUCGAUUAACACUGUCAAUCGAUUCAUAAAGUAGAUGUAUUCAUAGUGAUGAUUUGUUAUGGAAAGAGGUCAUUUUUUCCACACAUGGCAUUUUAGUUAAAAGUUAUAUAUAAUAAUCUUUUAAUUUCUGUUUCUUGAAAAUAAAUGCAAAGUAUCAUUUUCCUUCCACAUUGCAAUUUUGGGCUUCUUUGUCUUGGUCUAAAUUCAAACAUGGAUGGAAUGUGAUAAUGUGAAAACAGUUUAAGGUAUGUAAACACUGUGCUAAAGCACUGGACAGUGUGUUGCAUAAUUGUUAUAUGAGUGAAGUAAAAGCCUGUGAAAGCCACUGACGGGUAGAAGUAAGCACAAUUUUCACAGUAGUUUUUAAAAUUUUAUUUACUUUCUUUUGUAAAUUGUUGGAUUAUAUUCUAUUAGUACAUGAAGAGCACAUAACUUUGAUUUGAGUGAAUCUUGUCAUUAGGAGCUCAAAGGACAAUUUGCCAACCACAUUUCAUUGCGUGCAAGAUUCUCAUAUUCUGUUUUACACUGGCUUAACUUAACAUAUAACUGAAAAAAAGAAAUCAAACAAAAAGUUUAAAUCUUUGAGAGCUAGUUUUAUUUAUUUUUUUAUUGUUUUACAAUCAGUGAGGUGUGUGAGUGUACACAGCGUGGGCAGACAGCAACCAGCAACAGACCUACUUUGUUCUGUUGCUGGUUGCUGGUUACUAAGUUGGAGACUUAGCUAAUGGAACCAUGUGGGGAUCAAAUACAAAAACACAACAUCAAAAAUUAAAACAGGAAAAAAUUAUUCAAAGUGAAGAGCAGUAGACUGCAAAAUGAGGCAUUGUCGGCUCUCCUGCUUGCCUAAUUUUCUGUAUCAAAACAAAAUAUUUAUUGGUGACACAUGAAAAGUAAUCUGGGGAAAAACUAGCUUUCUAUGACAAACUAAGAUGAGUUUGUGAAAUGCAAAGACACAUUUUUCCACUACUAAUUGCUUUCAGUACACUGUUGGUAUUACGAAUGGCCCAGAGAGGUGUAACAUGAGCCUUUUGCAUUUGAUUGUGAAGACAGGGACUCGUAAAAUCAUUUCUAUGGGACUGUUACGUUGUACAAGGGAGCACACUAAAAGGCCUUCAUAUAGAGUUUUGCUAAAUUAUUUCUACUCCUUGACCUUUCUUACAUGUUAUCACAUUAAAACCACAAACUGCAGUGUAUUUUCUACUGGAAUUUUCUGUGACUUACGAAAAUAAAGCUAUGCAUAAUUGUGAAGUAAGAGAAAUAUAUGAAUACAUAUAUUUUUACAAAUAAAAAAUCCGUAAAGUGUGGAGUGAAUAUGAAUUCAAGUUACCAUAGCUACACAGCUACAAAUCCAAAUCCACCUGUUACCACCCACAGCCUUUAUUGGAGUUUUUUGGCUUUUUUGGAACAAAAGGCUGCGACAGCUGUAAUUUGCAUGCACUGAAAUUAUAGUUGAAAGUCUUUUGCAACAUGUCUCUACUAGUUUUGCACACCCAGAGGCUGAAACCUGUUAGAACGUUUGUUCACCAAUGGUCUGUAAAGUACCUAAUACAUUCACUGGACAGCUGGACUUUUAACUAGGGAUACUUUAGUAUCAUUUGAAGGCAAAUGGAGCAUUUAAAAAAAAAAGUUAAAACUUAUACCCCCUUUAUCCAUUAUCCACAAUUAUGCAUUAGUUUGUGUAAAUCUAUCAAAUAAAUUCCAAUAAAAUACACUGAGGUUUGUGGUUGUGACAAAAAAAAACCCUGGAAAACAUUAAGGGGCAUGAAUACUUUUUUCAAAGAACUUUAAUCCUGUUGUUUUCUUCUCAGUAGGUUUAGUUUGCCAAUUUUCAAAAACCUUAUUAUUACUGAAUAAACAUCAAACUUGAGCAUGUACAGGAUGAUGUCAAUUACAGGCAGCUUUUCCAAGGGGGGAAAGUUGAUCCGACAUAAACAGAUUAACCUGAAUAUUCAGUGUAAUCUUUUUUUCUAAAGGCGACAACUACAAAUGCUCAUUCUAAUGUUCUCUGAAUCUGCUUUUGCCAUUUCAGUAGAAAUUGUUUGCUGUGAAAAAGAAUUAUUUUUUGUACAAUGCUCACCCCUUUGUACAGUAAUACAUGCCAUUUCUUUACCACCUUCACGUCUUCAAGAUGCUUUGCUGCAAAACAAUCAUUGCCUGAUCUAUCAUGCUUCUUUUCCUGACUUAAGACGAAUCACCUCCGUAACCUCAUCCUCAAAAUCAAUCUCUUGUUCUUCAUGAUUACCCGGAUCAUCAUUCUUAUGACAAACAAUGCCGUCUACACUGAAAGGAGCACAUCUGUCAUUUGAACUCGUAAUGAGUCGUCAUUUGUAUAAUUUGUACAGAAGUUUAUAAAAGUUUUCUACCCUUCAAGAAAUGAUUUAGUUUCUGCUGUUGAACUGAAUGUCACUGAAUUCAAAUCUACAGGCCUUGUUAUAAAAUUUGUGUUUUUUGUGCAACAUUUAAAGUUGUUCUUCUGUCCAGAAGAGAGAAGAAAAAAAAGG